AUGGCACAACUGCUUCAGCAACAGCAGCAGAUGCAGUUGGCUGCCCAACCUGUACAGCUGAUGGAUUCCUAUUAUAAGAGAUUCCAUAGGCUAAAUCCACCGACAUUUGAUGGUGGAUCCGAUCCCAUGAUAGCUGAGAUCUGGAUCCGGAAAAUGGAGAAGAUGUAUAAGUUACUCCAAUUUUCCGAGGAGGUAAAAGUCAGACUAGCUAUCUUUAUGCUAAGGGGGAGUGCUGAGUCUUGGUGGACUGCUAUGGAGACAGCAUAUGAGGUCAACGGAAUGGCCUGGAGAGAUUUUAAGAGGGUAUUUUAUGCUAAGUACUUUUCGGACUCAGUCAGGCAAAGAAAGCAGAAUGAGUUUUUAUCGUUGACUCAGUCCGAGCAUAUGACUGUCUUGGAUAACGCCAAUAGGUUCGAUGAGCUGGGUCGAUUUUGCCCCCAGUUCAUGGAGGACGAUAUAAGUAGAGCCAACCGGUUCAAACAAGGGCUUAGAUAUGGGAUCAGGUUCCGGACAUCUUUACAGUUAAUUACCAGCUAUAUGGAUAUUUUGGACAGAGCUUUGAAAGUAGAAGCUGAAUUGAAAAGAUCUAAUAGAGAAAGGGCUGACCUGAUGAGAUCUAGAUUAGCUAGAAGUUAG